UAAUGGUCUGCUCUUUAUGCCUGGAAUGUCGCUGCCUGGUUAUGUAACCAAAGCCAGCAGCAGUUUACACUUGGUUACAGAGGGGUAGCUCAAAAGACCAUGGUGGGAGAAAGGUGACGUCUCUUUCGGCAAAGCAAUAAAGGAGCGAGAUAACGAAAGCUGUAAGUGUCAUCGUCUGAAAGGUAGGAUAGGCUUGAACAGAGACGAAGAUGCUCUUGUGAGAUGAUAUUUUGUGGCUUUGUUCGUCUUUCCAACGGGAGCUCAUGUUGCUGCUGAGAUUGGAGACACUGGGUCGACAGCGGUGUGUGCGGUGUUGGUCGACUGAAAGCUCGAGUUUUGGUCUCGGCGAUGUAAUUGAGAGACUCGGUGGCCAAGACUUCUCGAAGAGGAAGUAAGACGGAAGAAACUACCGCUGCCAGCAUCACGUGCAGACCACCACCAGCAGGAGCAGCAGGACGUGGAGCGGAAGAUCGCGUCCUCAUCGGUUGCCACGGCUUCGACUUCCAAGGAUGCCCAUCUUUCGGAGAAGAUGGGGGAGGGCCAAAACCACCACGGAGGCCUCGGCUUCCGCCAACUUGCUGUCCAUGACCGCCACCAGCAGCGGCGGGCGCAGCCCCGCUCGGGAUUUGGAAAUCUGAGGGGCGCCGGCGGGGAGAUUUUGGAGGUCCAUGGGGGUAGCAUUGUGCGGUCCACCGGCCGGAAAGACUGCCACAGCAAGGUGUGCACCGCCAAGGGCCCCCGCGACCGCCGUGUCCGCCUCUCCGCGCACACUGCUAUCCAGUUCUACGACGUGCAGGACCGCCUUGGCUACGACCGCCCAAGCAAGGCCGUCGAUUGGCUCAUGAAGAACGCUAAGGCCGCCAUUGACCAGCUCGCCGAGGUCCCAGCCUGGACCCCCACCUCCACCUUGACCGCUGCCAUUACCUCCACAUCCCGUGUACCUCCACCAUCCAAUCAAUCCCCGGUUGCUGAACCAGAUGUCAGUAGUGCCUUCAGCUUUGGCGGUGGUGACGGUGGCGGCGGCGGUAGUGGGAGUAAUUGUCUUCUCCAGCCAUCGUUGGACUCCGAUGCCAUUGCCGAUACCAUGAAGUUCUUCAUCCCGAUGGCUGCUACUGGCACCGCAACUUCACCAUCCUCCAGCUCUCCGAUCCGCGUCCAGAACUACCCGCUGGGACUCCUGCCGCGAUCCACCACCCAAACUCAAGACCUCUGCCUCUCCCUCCAAUCAUUCCAAGAUCCGAUCUUUAACCAGAACCCAACUCCGUCCGCUCAUAAUUCUCUACUCGCUGGCUCCGCCCGCUUGGGUUUUGACCACCCCGACUCUGCCAGUUGGGCCGAACACAAGCAGCGAAUGGCUCCAUGGAAUGUAGCGGAGACGAGCGACGGUGUUGGCCAUGGAGGAUUUCCUUUCAGCGUUCCACCACCACAGGCGGUGCCGACGCACUCGGUGCUCUGCCCGAGCCAGUUAUUCUCUCAGAGGGGGCCCCUUCAGUCCAGUAACUCGCCUUCACUCCAUAGCUGGGCAGAACCCAUGGCGGCCAACGCCGAGAUCCAGAUGCAUCCGGGGCUACAUCACUCUGUUUCUUCCUCUACAUUCCAGCACGGGUUCAGGGCGUAGAGGAGCAUGGCGGCAUCUCCAACAAGCUGCGCUCUGUUUUCUCUGCUUCUCGCCAUCGAUGCAGUGGAAUGAAACAACUAGACCAUCUCCAAUUACUACGGCUGAAAAUUUGCGAUCUUUGCGUUAUCCAUAGAACUGCUUGGUUCGUGGCAGAAAGUGAAGCCGAGCAACAACAUCGCCUACAUCUGCUGGAAAUCCAUGUCUUCGGUCGGUUCUUUUCUUCUCUCUGUUCCUUGUCCAUUGGUUCCUCUGCCUUGUUAGUCUCAGUUGUAGUCGUCUUUGUUGUUGUGAUGUUCUGUAGUCACCUGGCAAUGACUUAAUAGAUUUGUUCUGUUCUGUCCAA